GCUGCACAUGACUAAUGAUCAGGAAAGAUAUAACGCUACUUAUCACUAUGUAAUAUUCUAAGAAGCCAAAGAUGACAUUUAGUGUCAUACAUUUUUUGCUUACUUGUCAAAUAUUAGGUGUAGAGUCCUAGUUUUGGGUCUCAGCAUAACGUUCGAUACAAGUGCCAGACAAAUAAUUAGGGUAUGCAAUUACUUCAAUUGAUUACCCUUUUCUCGGCAAGCGCUAUGAUUCUCAACAGACGUGCCUUUGGAGAGACGCUUCCUGUCUGCUAUGCUAAACGACUUCCGUUGGAAGGCAUUCAAAUUUCCUGUGACCUUCACCGAACAAAUAAACCUCUGUACUGCGACUUCUGCGUCAUAUAUAACGGAACACGCUCCAGUGAAAGGUUCGGAGAGGUGACAUACGAUCGACCACGUCAUGAUGAUGCAGAGACGUGUAAAAGCGUAUACUUUCCAAAACACACCGGAAGUUACCGAUUCGAUGUCGACAUUGCCGGCCUUAAGGUGUUCACAAAUGACGUCAUUUACCACCUUCCGGCGCUUCAUGUUCAGCAUACUUGCCAAGACAGACUCCUGGUAAAUUGUAGCGGGAGAUGGUUCCUGGAAGUUCCGUUUAUUAAAAUUUUUAUCGCAGAACAAGAAGUGAAAGAGUUGACAAUUAGGAGCGAAAAAUUGCCGGGAUCUAACGACACAAUCUUUGUAGAAGCAGUAGCAGAAAUAGUUUCCAUGGAGGCAGAUCCUCUAAAUGUCCGUUGUGAGGCACUCUAUUUUAUUCAGUCUUACAGUAGGCACAUCGCCAAUAAUAUUACUGUACAAAAGGGUUCAAGUCAUAAUAUUGUGUUUCUAACCAAAGAUGGGAGAUAUAUCUCUGACAAUAUAACAAUAACGCAUGGAGUUACCCGUGAACUGAAAUGCACAGUGGAGGGUCCAUCUUUACAUCUGAGUUUGCUCUGUUCCCAACCUAAUGUAAUCAUGCAAGGUGUCAACAUGAAAUCUCAAAUCCAUUUUAACAUCUCUUGGAGCGCGGAUUUGCAAAGCACUCUUUGUGUCUGCUUCUUUGAUCUCACAAACGCGUGCGGAAAGAAAGAGAUAAUGAUUUAUUUUGAUCUGCCCCUCACGGAAAGUUUUUCAGCAGAAAGUGGUAGGACAGAUGUCCCAGAUAUCAAGGGCACCUCUGUCUCAGUUAACGAAAACAGUUCUUCGCACUCCACUCUCAAGGAGAAAGCUCCACAAAGAUUACACAUUACUGUCCACUACGCUAUAGCCGCAGGUGUUCUCAUUCUCGUCUAUAUUCCGGUCCUUGUUAUCGCUAGCUACAACAUCUACCACUACUGGAAAGAGCACAGCGAUUACGGCAACAGCAGAAGCGCCUCCUCUUCCCCUCAGCAGAGCAACGAGUACGCGUCAAUAAAGCACAGUCCGCAGUCGUCCAACUCGGAAUCAACGCCGCAUGAGAACAGCGCGCUACUGGAUAGUUCCAGCUCUUACGGGAACUCGGAAAAAAGUGGAAGCAGUCAAUCCAACCCGUAUAUUUCUCCAGACGAUGUUGAAUCUAGCUCGGUCUCAAUACAGACUCAUUAACCAAGGUUUAAAAUUUACAAACUAAUUAGCCAGUCCGGUGAUCAUCGAGUAAUGGUCGUUAAUGAAUAAAACAAAACUGUACUGCAAGUGAACAAAAAGUCGAAACGGCUGGAAGUUGAUUUGUUUUCCAAAAAAAUGAUAAGGUCAAAGAAGGAUUGUAGCUUGAUGCGUCCCAGGAAUAAGUGAUGUGUUAUACUAAAAUUAGUUCGUUUAAAUAGAAUCAUUUUCUGGAAGUAAAUUAUUCCUCAAAGUCA